AUGUGCACCCCAGAUAUGCUUUAUUCGGAUGGCACGAUGCAUCCCAUCGAGGGACUGUAUGAAGUUGGUAUAUUCAGCACAUUUCUUCCUGGAAACGAGGUUCCAGGCCAGUUCAGCCAUAGAAGUAAAGGGUCCUCCGUAUCUUUUACUGUGCCUUCACUUCCAAAUCUCAAGAUCCGAGGCUUGAACAUCUUCUCUAUUUAUGCAAAUUCCAACACUUAUUAUUUUUCUAGUGUACCUAAUCCAGUAAUUACCAAAGUCAGUAACAAGAGCAAGGGUCUGAAAUGGAUCUAUGCCCCAACAUGCUAUGGCAUUCCAGAUAACGAAAAUGACGUGAUAUGGUUAAGUCACUGGAAGUUAGGGAACCGACUGGAAAGCGGGGAAGAAGUGACAGUUUCAGUAUUUACGCAACCUUGGCUCCAAGUGAAAGAGUGCGGCAUCCAACUUGUGCAUGAGCAAGACUGUGAGAUAAGUUGUGGCCAAAACUACGACGCCGAUCCUUGUUAUCCAUCUGACAUUGGUGGGAAUUUGGCAGAGUUUAUUCCAGGAACAUACUUCAUGUGGGGUGGACCCCUAAAUAGAGAUGGUGGUAGAGAUUAUGUUUUUAGCUGGAAAAGGGAAGAUUGGUUCAAAGACAUCUUUGGAGACUCUAAUGAAGAAACAGGCAAAGAAGAAAGGCAGCCACAGGGUGACGAUGAGCCGCUUGCACUUGCAGCAGCAGCAGAAACAUUAAUAGAAGCAGAGAGGGCUAGCAGAGGCUGCAAGAUUAUUGUUAUUAUUGGUGCUUUCUUCUUUCUCUUCCUUUCUCUAGUACUGUCUCGCUCUUUUCUCUCUCACUAAAAAAGAAAAAGGACAGGCGACAAUGUAAUGUAUUUCAAAUGCUGCUCCAUAUGUAAUCAAAAUGGAAAAGCUUCAAUUAAAA